UUCUGCCUCAUGACUCGCAGUGAAUCUGCUGCCAGACACCGAACAAGCACCGUCACCCGGUUUAUAACCGACAGACGCGCAUUUAAACAGCACAGACGCGUUUUCUGACGGACUGAGGCAUGACGGUCAAACGGAGCUCCGCUGCAGGUGUCUGCUGGACCCUACUGAUGGGGUGUGUGUUUGCAGCUCACGCUGUGACGUUUGAGGUGAUGGAUGGAAACUCCACCUGCAUUAAAGCAGAUCUCAACGCCAGCUUCAGCAUCACCUACAACACCACCAAUGGUAAGAGCGCGGCGAGGUUUGCGCUGCCGUCCACCGCAGCAGAGGGCAAUGGCAGUUCCUGCGGAGGCGCUGGCGUUCCUCCAGAGCUGCUGGUGUCGUUCGGUGCGGGUCACGCUCUGACUCUCCUGUUCUCCCGCGACGGACGGCUCUACCGUGUGGCCAACAUCAGCCUGCAGUACAACCUCAGUGACACCAGCACCUUCCCACAGUCCUCCAGCACAGGGCUCAUGACGGUGAUGACGAACGCGACAGAGAUCUCUGCGAGGUUAAACAGCACCUACAGGUGUGUGAGCUCCAGCACUGUCAGUCUGAGCGCCGAGGUCAACCUCACCUUCUCUGAUGUGCGCAUGGAGGCUUACAUGAGCGGAGCUAACCUCAGCACAGACGAGAGCGUUUGCAGUGCUGAUCAGACGGUUACAACCGCUGCCCCGACUCAGUCGCCCAGAACCACCGCUGCCCCGUCUCCAGUCCCGCCGCCCGCUCCGGAGCGAGGAAACUACACCCUCACCAACCGCAACGGCACCGCCUGUCUGCUGGCACUCAUGGGGCUGCAGCUCAACAUCACGCACCGCUCCAAAUCCCUGAACCAGAUGGUCAGCGAGGUCGUGAACCUGCAGCCAAACAGAACUACAGCCUCGGGGUCGUGUGGGUUCACGGUCGCCACACUGGUGCUGACGGAGGAUCUCACCAACCUCACCUUCACCUUCACACUGAACUCCACUACACAGAAGUAUUACCUGAGCGCUGUGAACGUCUCUGCCUUCUGGCCUGACAUGACAGAACGGUUCGUGGAGGGAAACGGCUCUCUGAACUUCCUGCAGUGCAGCGUGGGCCGCUCGUACAUGUGCAGCGCGGAGCAGACGCUCUCGAUUGUGCCCAGCUUCUCCAUAAACACCUUCAGACUGCAGCUGCAGCCCUUCAACGUCACCGCCAGCCGCUUCUCUGCAGGUACUGACCGCCGCUCGUGAUCGGAUGCAGUCCAA